AUGCAUGUUCUGCCAUCCACGUCAGGCGUUGCCGUUGGGCCCUUGGUCCCUUACCGCGCCCUGGCAAGUGCGGCAAGCCCCGAGGCUGAGAAACCUUCCCUGUGGCUGGAUGACACGCGUGAGGCAUGGCGGCCGACGCAGGGACCAUCCGGGUUUGCUGCUGAGGCAGGUCAAUUACCUCGGGUGGCAUGCACCAGCAGCAGCAAACACGAAACCAAGGCUGAUUCAGAUGCUGCAGGAUUAAACGGGCACACUAAGGGGGACGUGGCACAUACUGCAGCUGAAAUGGAUGAAGUUUUCAACAUUCUCCAGGAGAUGGGGCUGCAGCCUGGCCGACACUGCGUGGUGGGGGAUGGACUCGCCGAGGUGGAGGUGGGGCUUUACCUAGACGGAGUGAAGGUUGCUGUGGACAUGGAGCUACACCGCCCUUCGCACACGUUGGUAUCAGAUGCAAAAUCGUAUGCACUGAAGCGGGCGAUGCGCAGCGUGCUGCAGGAGGCGUUGGGUUACGAAGCUGCCAGCGCCGGUGUCAACAUGAUUCCCAGCACGCGUGCUGUCAGCGGUGUAAACCUGCAUCCUUGUCAAUCCCUAGCUCCGGGCUGA